AUGGGAGAUGCUGAAGCAGGCAAGAAGAUCUUUGUUCAGAAAUGUGCUCAGUGCCACACGGUGGAGAAAGGUGGGAAACACAAGACCGGUCCAAACCUCUGGGGCCUUUUCGGCCGGAAGACAGGACAAGCACCAGGAUUUUCUUAUACCGAUGCAAACAAGAACAAAGGUAUUGUCUGGACAGAAGCAACUUUGAUGGAAUAUUUGGAGAACCCAAAGAAAUUCAUCCCUGGCACUAAAAUGAUCUUUGCUGGUAUCAAAAAGAAGAGUGAGAGGGAAGAUCUUAUUCAGUAUUUGAAACGGGCAACAUCCUCAUGA